AUGAAUAUCACUGCAAAUGAUUAUGAAGAUAGUGGAAAAAUAAAGGAAGAUAAUCAGCUAUUUCUUAUGAUUACAUUUGCUAUCUAUGCAUUUGAAGGGUUUCUCCUUGUCAUAUGCAACGGUUUGAUUGAAAUGGCACUAAUUAAGCAUCGAUAUCUCAGACGUCAAUAUGUCAUUUUAUUUGCGCAGGUAAUUGAUUAA